CUCGAAGUAGUUCCGUGAUGCGGUCGAGUGCGGAUCGACAUUAUUUACACGAGGUUGUGAAGCGCCAGUUUCAGCAGACGCCAUACGCUAAAUGAGAAAUGCGACGACUGUGCCAAUCCUUGUUCAUAUGUCGCGUGCAAUGUUCCACAGUCUCGGCUAACUACAUGCAGUAGAUGUGGACUUGCCUUGGAGUCUAGCCCUUUAAAAUAUAUAUAUUUGUGCCAAGACUAUCGUCGUUUUACUGUAACCGCCACAGGAGAGAACGAUCUCAGCCAUUUUGGAGGAUGUACGAUAGUCCAGUAUAUAUAAUGUAGCGGGAAAAAAGGGUUUAAAAUGCCGGUGCGUCGAGGACAUGUGGCCCCGCCAAACAUUUUCAUAGACACAAUCAUCAGGAAGUUUGACGGCCAAAAUCGGAAGUUUGUGAUAGCCAACGCUCAAGUAGAAACCGUACCCAUUAUCUUCUGUAAUGAUGGAUUCUGUGAGCUUACUGGAUAUUCUCGUGCUGAGGUCAUGCAAAAAUCGUCAUUAUGCGACUUUCUUCAUGGACCUCUCACUGGGCACUAUGCGAUAGUCCAAAUACGUGAGGCUUUACAAGGAUCUGAGGAGAAGCAAGUGGAAAUACUCUACUAUAAGAAAGAUGGCUCGAAGUUCUUAUGCAGUGCACUGGUGGCCCCUGUCAAGAACGAGCAUGCGGACAUCAUCCUGUUCAUCAUUAAUUAUGAGGACAUCACUGAGGCAGCAGCCAAAACCGAACUCAAAAACUUCAAAAAUAAUGAAACAGCAAGGCCCAGGGAGCUGAAACUGUUUGAUGUUGUGUCCCCAGGGCGUAAGUCGGAUCGACACCGGAGCCUACGAUUGCGGCUGCCGUCGAUACGGAGAGAUAUUCGCUCAAAAGCAAAAGCACUCGAUCGCAUUCCGGACCCGGAAAACCCCCCAAUUCCAGAGGAGGCUGUUCCGCUUAACCAACUUGGCUGUUCAGACACAGACGUCCAUCAUGCCACGACUCCUGAUCGGCUGUCAGUGCUGGCCGAGCAUGAAACGGACGAAUAUCGGGAAGACAGGACAAGUCUGUCAAGCCAAGUCAGGGACGAGGGAGAUGAAGGGGACGAGUAUUUACGGGACAAAAAAAAACGUGGUACAUUCAUCUGUGAGAUAGUUGAGAGGGUUCGUCACCUUCUGAGAUACUGUGUUGUGUGUAACAAGUUAACAAUGCAUAGAAGACCCAACGAAGACUCUUUAAUGGAACGAUUCUUUGGCCUUGUUGCCAUAGCAGCGCAAAGAAUUAUGGGGCCCACAGUAAACCAUGUGAAGGCAAACUUCAUGAACCAAGCUUCAAGUGAUUCCGAGCUGGCCAAACAUCGAAUGAAACCAUUUGUUGACAGCCAUACCAAUUUGACAGAUGGAGUGAAGAGUGAGAGCAAAGAUGGGAUGUUGUCAUCAGCUGCCAAGGGCAUCUUGUUGCCGGGCGUGGCCAACAUGAAACAGAAUGUCUCCGAGAAAGUCGCUCAGGUGUUAUCUCUUGGAGCGGAAGUGUUGCCCGAAUACAAGCUGCAGUCGCCACGCAUCCAUAGCUGCACCAUCCUCCACUACUCUGCGUUCAAGGCGGUGUGGGACUGGAUCAUCCUGCUCCUUGUCAUCUAUACUGCCGUCUUCACCCCCUACGUGGCAGCGUUCCUGCUGGGUGAGGAGAAGAAGAACCGUGUGCGUGAAACAAUGCAGGAACGUUACUCCAGCCCUCUGAACAUUAUUGACCUCAUAGUUGAUAUAAUGUUUAUCGUCGACAUUCUUAUAAACUUCCGUACCACUUAUGUGAACAAGAACGAUGAAGUGGUGAGCCACCCAGGAAAGAUAGCAGUGCAUUACUUCAAGGGAUGGUUCCUUAUUGAUGUUGUUGCUGCCAUUCCUUUUGAUCUCCUUCUAUUUGGGUCCGAAACUGAUGAGACCACUACCCUCAUCGGCUUGCUAAAGACAGCCCGGUUGUUACGACUCGUACGUGUCGCCAGGAAGCUAGAUAGAUACUCCGAAUAUGGUGCUGCUGUCUUGUUGUUGCUGAUGGCAACGUUUGCUCUCAUUGCUCAUUGGCUGGCUUGUAUAUGGUAUGCAAUUGGGAAUGUAGAGCGGCCAUAUUUACCUGAACCUAAAAUUGGGUGGCUGGAUGAACUAGCUCGACAGACCCAUCAGUUUUAUCCAGCGAAUGCUACUGGUGGCGGACCUACCAUCAAGUCCAAGUACAUCACAGCACUGUAUUUUACGUUUAGUUCUUUAACAAGUGUGGGAUUUGGAAACGUUUCUCCGAAUACCAACUCUGAGAAGAUAUUUUCUAUACUCAUCAUGUUAAUAGGAUCGCUGAUGUACGCCAGUAUCUUCGGUAAUGUUUCCGCCAUCAUUCAGAGGCUAUACUCAGGCACAGCCAGAUAUCACACGCAGAUGUUACGAAUCAAAGAAUUUAUCCGAUUCCAUCAAGUUCCAAAUCCACUUCGACAAAGAUUAGAAGAAUAUUUCCAGCAUGCUUGGUCGUAUACUAAUGGUAUUGAUAUGAACAUGGUAUUGAAAAGUUUCCCUGACUGUGUCCAAGCAGAUAUCUGUCUCCAUCUCAAUAGGAACCUACUCAACAACUGCCCAGCUUUCAAAGGAGCCAGCCCUGGUUGUUUGAGAGCCCUGUCAAUGCAAUUUAAAACCACACACGUUCCACCAGGCGACACUCUUGUACCGGGUGAUGUGUUGACGGCAUCGUACUUCAUAUCUCGGGGAUCUAUAGAAAUUCUCAGAGAUGAUAUCGUGGUAGCAAUAUUAGGGAAGGAUGACGUCUUUGGUGAGAAUUUAUGUAAACAUGAUACCGUGGGGAAGUCGAGUUGUAAUGUCCGUGCCUUGACAUAUUGUGAUCUUCAUAAGAUUCAUCGAGACGACCUACUGGAUAUACUCGAUAUGUACCCUGAGUUUUCAGAACACUUUGUUGACAAUCUCGAGAUAACCUUCGACCUUAGAGAUGAGGAGCUUGUCGUACGGAGUGAUGGGAGGAACAAGACUCGUCAUGUUAAACGGUGGUGCAGGGCAGCAUCUCCAUACAGGGCGUCAAUAGACUCACAAGGUUUUGACGAUGACGUCCCAGUAGUUGCAAUGUCAGACGAACCAGGGCAUAAUUACAUUCACCGAGGAGGAAGAUCAUUCAAGCAUCGUGGUAUGGACGAUGUGCCACCAGGUGGCUAUGACUCAAGUGAUGAAGAGAUCCGAGAGAGUGGAGCCGGAAUCCUGGAAUUCUCCCCAGCAAAAGCUGGUCAAGAUGUCACUCCGGCCAACUUUGACUUCGAGCCAAAGGACGAGAAGAAACGAUCUGGAACAGGGCUAUCUUCUAUUGCAGGUGCUCUGUGCAGUGUAAAUACGCUUGUUAAUGCAAUGACCGGGAGAUAUGAUGGGAGCAAGAAGUCAUCAGAGACGGCACCGUUACUACAGGAACAGAGUGCCAGUCCGGAGCCACCGCACAAAGUUGCUUCGAGCUCUAGCGUGCCAAAAUCCACGUCGAGUAUGACACUUCCAGUAUCCAGUCCUUCCAGUCUGUCACAGUUCGAGGAUGCCGGGCAGCCAAUAAUUCAUCCACAGAUAGUCCUUCCUGACGGCUCCCUGCAUGCACAACACUCCAGUCCUGCUGAGGUCGAGAAACGUCUCGAUGAACUUGCAAAGCAACUGUCACGCCUGGAGCACAAGAUGAGCUCCGACAUCGCAAUGAUCCUGGACAUCCUCCGCCAGCAAGGAAGUAGAACUGUCUCACCAAGCGGCACGGCAGAGAUGCCUGAGAACAACCUACCCCCGCCCCCGGACAUCUACCCCCGCCCGACUAUGACAGCGGUUUUGAGUUCCCCCCACCCCCAGUUGUGUUCCAGCCACACUCACAACAGGAAGAGGGUGGAGUUGGUCCCCCUUCUCCAGGUGACUGGCAACGCACAGAACCCCCUUAUACCCAUCAUUCCACUUUCAAAUCUCCAAGCCAAUCAGAAUCAGAUUCAAUACCUGCAUCUGCCAGCCAAUCAGAUCCAACAACAGAUCCCAACCAAUCAGGUCUUUCAUCCGCCAUAGCCAACCAGCCCGAGACUGAGUUACCCGAAGUCAUGCUGUCUCCGUCUCGGCAACAGAGACAGUUGGAUGAGACGGAGGGCCUCGAUGUGAGAAACACAAAUGUUUGAUAGUGAGCUCCGCUGGGGCAGCACACUCUGUAAGUGAUAUGGAGGCAGAUAUGUGUUCUGAUAGACAAUAGGGACGAGGAGAUGAUGAAAAUAGGAAAUAAGUGAGUGGUAUGUUUAGCAGAGACCAGUGGAACAAUUUAUUCAAAUGCUGUGUGGGAAUGACAUGUGAGAGGACCAGUUGGAUGUUCAAAGAUUGCAGUUUUAGCAACGACCUGUUGAUAUGUCUGAAGAACAGCAUUCUGGGAAAGGACUUAAAAGGAAUGUGAAUUGUUUCUACAUAAUUUGCCCAGUUAACUUUGUGUUAAAGGAAGGAAUUGGAACUGCUGUUAUGUUCUGGGAGGAAAAUUGGACCGAGAACAGAAAAUCUGAAACUGAGAAAUAGUGGUUGAAAUUACUGCCGAGGCUGUUGUGUGUUCUAUGUGAUUUGUGUGACAUCUACAUGCAAACUCUGACAGGUGACUGCACUGUACAUGAUACAAGUAUGUGGUGAAAGAAUUCUCUGUUGCUGUGCUCUUCAUGCCAAGAUAUGAUGUACAUUCAUUAGAUGUGAAUAACUCUUCAUAAUGCAUAGUCAAGUGGAUAACUCUUUGUGAUGCAUAACGAAGUGAAAAGACUUCAUAAUGCAUGGACAAGGGAAUAUUUCUUCAUAAUGCAUUUAGACAAAUGAGAAACUCUUUGAAUUAUGUAGACAUAUUUCAUGAGCAAGUGAGUACCUCUUCUUAAUGCAUAGACCUUGUAUAGAAAUUAACUCUUCAUAAUGCCUACAGACAAGGAAAUAACUCUGCAUAAUGCAUAUAGACAAGUAGAAAACUUUACAAUGCCUAUAGACAAGGGAAUAACUCUUUAUAAUGCAUUUAGACAAGUAAAUAACUAUUUACAAUGCAUAUAGACAAGUCAAUAAUUCUUUAUAAUGCGUAUAGACAAGUACACAGCUCUUUACAAUGCCUAUAGACAAGGGAAUAACUCUUCUUAAAGCAUAAAAAGUAAAUAACUCUUCAAACGCAUAGACAUGCUUAAACACUCUGCAUCUGUGCAUAUUUUAUACAUAAUGCCCAUUGCUAUGAUAUGUGUCAGAGACUGUGCUGCGAAGAUAAAUGAAAAUAGAUGAGACAAAACCCUUUCAUUUCAUCGGAAAUCUCUGCCACAAGCUGAGUCAGUACUUCAGCAGCAUCUGUUGAAUAUGACUCGUAUCACAGUCAGAACUUCCAUUGUUACUCGAAUCCCAUUGGAAAUAUAUGGUUACUGAAAUUCCUUCAAAUCUUUUUAUUGAAAGUAAAUAUGUUUAUUGUUACUGAAAAAUAUAUUUCCUCUUUGGCAUAUAUUUUCAUCAUUCUAUAAAUUUUGAAACUUUUGCAUAAUAGUUUGUCUUACUGAAAUGUCAGAUUAUUUUUAGCAAUGUGAAAUUGUUUUGGUUGACAGUUAUACCUUCAGUGUCAAAGAGUUAAGCAUUUUUCAUUAUCUUUUCUAUAAUUUGAGUGAGACAUCUGAACGAGCCCUAAAUUAAUUAAGUAUGUGUCCUGUAUAUCAGAUGGUCAACAAAAAUAUGGUGUUGUAUAUUCUGGUUUGGGGUGUGUCCACAUGGCUUUAAAAUUUUAGACUGUUCUUAAGAUUCUCUGACCAAAACCAUGUUAUGGUUGACAUAUGAUUUCUCUAUGAUGACCUAGAGUUGUAUCAGAUCCACUUGGAAAUAAUGCAUGUUCAAAAUGGCCAGUGAAUUAGGACAAUGGCCUGACCACAUGAAGGUUAAUGGCUCAAAAUCAGCUGCAUGGACAAUGGCCUGACUUCACAAUGGAUUGAGGGCCCAGGAUCAGCUGCAUAGACAAUGGCCUGAC